AUGGAAGAUAACUGGCCUGAUGAAGAUGUAGAAAAUGAGUUGUCUCCUAUUGCUGUACAUUUGGGCUAUGUCCAACAGCUUCUUGGGCGUAAACAAGAUGCAAUUGAAGCUUAUGUGGACAUGACUAAACAAGAUACGGCCGCUGAAAUGGCAUUGAGGCUUGUUAGGCCUGCAAGAAAAACCAAAACAGCAGCAUCAGAAUAUGAAGAUGAUAUUCUCAAGUUUUGUGAAGAAAGUGGAUUACCUGUUGCCCAAGAUGAAACCGUAGAUAAAAUUCAAGAGAAUCCCCUGAAAAAGCUAUUGAAGUUUACUCAUCCUGGAAUAGUUGCUGUUGUUAUCAAGCCAAGUGUUGUUGGUGGAUUUGAGAACGCAGAAUGGGCGCACCAACAUGGGAAGACGGUUGUUGUCAGUUCUGCCUUUGAAAGCAAUUUGAGUCUCUCUGCUUAG